CGUUCCGCCACCGCUGCAUGUGACGCCAUGGCUGGGCGGGGUUUGUUUUCAAACCCAGGCACAUACCAAUGAAGAUGGCGGCGGUGGGGUCCGCCAAAUCCGCUGGACUGGGGCAAGGAGGCAAAACCAGGCCUGGCACUCUCGCUGCUCCUCUGAGUCUGGAGGAGGCCCGGUGUCCGGUGUGCUCCGAGAUUCUGCUGGAGCCGGUAACGAUGCCAUGCGGACACUCGGUGUGCCUGCAUUGUUUCCAGCGGACGGUGAAGUUAAUCAGUCUGUGCUGUCCUCUGUGCCGGCUGCGAGUGUCCAGCUGGGCCCGUAAACAGUCCCGGGAGAAGAGCCUGAUCAACACCGAGCUCUGGGAGCUGGUCCGCCGCAGUCAUCCGGAGAGAUGCAGGCGGAGGCUGGAGCAGAGAGACCGAGAGAUCGCGGACGGAGAAAUUUUUCGUGCACCUGUACCAAUUCAUAAGUCUGGAGAAAUGCGUCAAGAGUACGAGAAACAAAAGAUGAAGGGUGGAGGCACUGAAGAAACUGAAGAGAGAAAGAAGAAAAUCCACAGAAAAGAAGAGUGUGGGAUGCUGAAACACUGUCAAUAUCCUUUCUAUGGAGUGUCAGACUCUGAGAACGAAGAGCCGGUGGGAAAGAGGACCCGACAUGUUUCAGCAUUUGUGCGAAAAACAAGAUGCUCCCCUGCUUUCAAUAGAGGUUGUCUUCAUAGCAGUGCAGUCCAGAGGAGCAGGAGCUGUACAGAUUCUGAGGAUGGAAGAGGAAAAAACAGAGGUCACGCACAUCAUGCCGUUCCUGACAAGGCUAGCAUCACACAUAGUUACAACGCUGGAAUCCUUCUGUCCUCGGAGAACAGUUGCUCUUUCUCAGCCUCGGUACUGAGCUUAGAUAAGAGACACCACUGGCGGGGCAUCCACACCUCAUCCGCUUCGCUCGUGCUUCAGACCAAACCAGAGAGGUCUAUUAGCCCCGAGAGCAAUGACAGCAUAUCAGAAGAACUCAACCAUUUCAAACCUAUUGUCUGCUCACCGUGCACUCCACCCAAAAGGCUGCCCGACGGGCGACUUUUGGAACCAACCAUUGUGAAGUCAACCCCAAGGAACUUGACACACACUCUGCACAAGUCCACAAGCUACGAGGCCAGCCCAACCAUCUUGCAGAAGUGGAAGCAGAUUGAAGUUGAUCGUCAGUGCAUCAAGGUGACCUCAAAAGGUACAGUCACAAGUCCAAUCGCAGAGGAUAUUAGCCUUAAACUGAGACCUGUAGAAGAACGGGACAGCCGACUCUGCAGCUGUGCUGUAGCCAAGGACAGCUUGCAAGAUCAUCAGUGCAUUUGUGAAUCAAGUGCUAAGGAUCAGAAGGAUAAACCUGUAGUCUGUAAUAAACGACGGCUUAUAUUUGAUCAGUGUAACAAAGAAGAAGGUACGCAGCCAGCUAGCGCUCACAUCAGGUCGACAACUCAAACCAUUGCAGAUACUUCAUCCGCAAAAGGGCGAAGCAAAUGUGAAGCACUCUGUAAACCCACAGAAAUUUGUGAACCGAUGCUUGAUAAACACGCUGGACACUGUAAUCAGGGUACUGUAGAGAACCCAGAGAACUUCAUAAAUGAGCCUAUCACCAGGAGCUGUGUACUUAACAGACCUACCUCAAGAAGGGGCAAAAAGAGAAGCCACAAAACCAAACAUCUGGAAGAGACCCUACAGACAAAAAUGUCCCGGACAGAUGUCUGUGACAGGCUUGAUGAUCUGAUUGUCCAGCAAAUGAAUCAGGAAAAGGAGGACAGAGAACUCGCACUAAAGCUACAAAGACAGUUUGACAGAGAAUGCAGAAAAGUAGACCGGCACAAAACAAGUCGUAACAAAUACGAACUCCGGUCCUGGGCUAUAAAAGAUGGGUCGGUAGGACACAGUACACGCAGAUCAGGAAGAGUCUCCAAAUGAAAUGAGCACUUUAGCUACGGCUGUUAAAGGAACCUCCGGUUAUGGUAGUGUUUUAUUGUAAUGAUUUGUCACAGUCACAAACGUUUUCUUUGUUGAGGCACUACAGAGGUUGGAUAAGUAUUGCAAGAUAAGGUAUUUACUUUUUUGACUUUUCAUCCAAAGCAACUUGUGUGAAUCGAGUCCACCAAGAGCAGAGGUGCCAAUCCUGUUCCCGGGGAUCUCGCAAAGUUUAGCUCCAACCCUGAUCAAAUACAACCGAGCCAGCCAAUUAAGAUCUUCAGGAGCAUUUGGUAAUUACAGACCGGUGUGUUGGAUCUGAACUCUGCAGGUAGAUCUCCAGGAACAGGAUCGGGCAACCUUGACCUAGUGCCUUUGCUCGGGGCAAAAUGGUGGUAGGACAAGUGUGGACUCUCAGGAACUUUCCUAUUUAUGGGGAUCUAGAUUUUAAGCUGAAAUGUUUUGUUCCAAGCUCUCUUAUUGUUAAACUGGCUUCUACUGCUCAAAAAGAGAGGAAAUUAGGUGUAUGUUGUUUGGGGGAAGAAAAAUGUACUAUUUAUAAGAACUCUGAAAGGCUUUUUAGUACUUCAAGUCAUAGAUGACAGUACUCCUUACAAUCUCUUUGUGUUCAUCACAAUUGCUCCUCAAGAAGUUUGUUUGCAUGUUUAAAAGUUAUCAUAGGACAUUUGUUGAAACAGGUGUUUGUACAAAAAUUGUAGCAUAACCCUUUUUCUUUGGCAUAUUAUUAUUAUUAUUAUUAUUAUUAUUAUUUUACAAUUUAGGUGUAAAACGGUAAAAGUGGCAGCCUUCGGUCAGAAAACUACUCUACACAAGUACAUAGACGCAAAUGCUUGUUCAACAAAUUGCAAGACCAAGGUCUUGUUGUAUGUGACAUCUUUACUUUGUUCUUGUUGUACUGUGGUGGAAACAAACCUCAGUACUCAAGGCAGUGAUAUAAUUGCCUUCAAAUGUUUGUGCCAUAAACCAUGUUGUAUUAUUUUUUUUAGCUAGCUAGCUAUGAACGUGUUGGCAGUUAAAGGCAGGGUAGGUAGUUUGGUAAAAAAAAAAAAAGUUUAUAUUAGUUGAAAGUGUCUUCACAU